CUCUCUCUCUCUCUCUCUUCAGUGAUUGAGUCAUCAUCUUCUUGGACAAGAAGUGGUUCGAAUCAAAACCAAUCAAGAGAAUGAAUCUCUCGGGGGAUCGAACAACUUCAAAGCGUCACUCGUCGCUUCCAACACUUGUGGCUCAUUUCUUUGGCAUUUUAGCCGUUGUUCUAAUGCUCAUUUGGCUUCUCCAUUACCGUGAAGGCAUCGAGUAUGGCUCCGACAACCCCCUUAAGGUUUUAAAUGUGCACCCAUUUCUCAUGUACUGUGGAUUUCUCUUCCUCGUGGGCCAAGCAAUGAUGACGUACAAAACGGCGUACGCGUCGCACCAGGUUCAGAAAAUGGUUCACGGUGGGCUUCACUUAAUAGGCUUAGUUCUAGGUAUUGUCGGAAUUUGCGCCGCCUUUAGAUUCCACGACAAAUUAAACCUAAAAGACAUGGUCUCUCUUCACUCCUGGAUCGGUCUCACCACUUUCAUCCUCCUCGGCGUCCAGUGGCUAUUCGGUGCGUUCACAUUCUUAGCGCCGCAAUCAUCGUCGGGAACAAGAACGAGGAUGAUGCCGUGGCACGUCUUAGGUGGUCGGGCUCUACUUUAUAUGGGUAUUGUGGCAGCACUGACCGGACUCAUGGAGAGAGCUACGAUGCUUGGUCAGAGCACAAACGCUGAGUCACGUCUAAUUAACUUCCUCGGCUUAGCCAUUCUACUCUUCGGCGUUUCCGUCGACUUCUCCGUCGCUCUUGGCCGUUACAACUGACGGAGUACUAUAUUAGUCCCACCUUUAAUCUUUUUUUUUUUUUUUUUUUUUUUUUGUAACAUCAAAUCUUUCGUUGUUAUUUUUAUAAUUCUACGAAUUCUUGUUUGUUUGUUUGUUUGUUUUCGUGUGUAGAUGUGAUUCGUGUGAUAUCUAAUUGGUCAUGAGAGUGAUUAUUUGAUAUUUAAUUUUACUUCGGAUAUUUUUCUUCU